GAGUUCAGGGCGACGCUGUCCAUGCUGCUGAAACCCGGCGAGAAGACGUACACGCAGCGCUGCCGCCUGUUCAUCGGUAACCUGCCCAACGACAUCACAGAGGAGGAUUUCAAGAAGCUGUUCGCAAAGUACGGAGAGCCCAGCGAGGUCUUCAUCAACAAAAGCAAAGGCUUUGGUUUCAUCCGACUGGAGUCGCGUGCACUUGCAGAAAUAGCAAAAGCAGAGCUGGAUGACACACCGAUGAAAGGCAGACCGCUACGUGUCCGAUUCGCCACGCACUCUGCGGCUCUGUCUAUAAAGAAUCUGUCUCCGUUUGUGUCCAACGAGCUCCUGGAAGAAGCCUUCUCGCAGUUCGGGAUGGUUGAGAGGGCCAUCGUCAUCGUAGAUGACCGCGGGCGCUCCACAGGCAGAGGCAUCGUCGAGUUUGCGUCCAAACCUGCUGCCAGAAAGGCUCUGGAUCGCUGCAACGAGGGCGUCUUCCUUCUCACCACGUCACCCCGACCGGUUGUUGUCGAGCCUCUGGAGCAGUUUGAUGAUGAAGACGGUCUUCCAGAGAAACUGGCACAGAAGAAUCCCAGAUAUCAAGCAGAGCGAGAGGAGCCUCCCCGUUUUGCUCGCCCAGGCACUUUCGAAUUCGAGUACUCCAAACGCUGGAAAUCCCUGGAUGAGAUGGAGAAGCAGCAGAGGCAGCAGGUGGAGAAGAACAUGCGCGAGGCCCGCGAGAAGCUGGAGAGCGAGAUGGAGGACGCGUACCACGAGCACCAGGCCAACCUGCUCAGACAAGAUCUUCUGAGGCGGCAGGAGGAACUGCGGCGCAUGGAGGAGUUGCACAGUCAGGAAAUGCAAAAGAGGAAGGAGAUGCAGAUCAGACAAGAAGAAGAGCGUCGCAGGCGGGAGGAGGAAAUGCUUCGCAAGAGGGAGAUGGAAGAACAGAUGCGCCGCCAGCGGGAGGAGAACUACAGGAUGGGCAACUUCAUGGAUAGGGACAGAGAAAUGAGAAUGAACCCCGGUGGAGCUCUGAACAUGGGUGACUUGCCCUUUGGUGCAGCAAACCAGAAGUUCCCCAUGGGCGGACUGGGCUUUGAGGGACAGCCGGGAAUGGGACCGUCCGCCGGAGGCUUGAUGGGCAACGAAAUGCGCAACGAGCGCUUCGCCCAGGGCGGUCCUAGGGGGAUCGGUCCUGGUAACCCCGGGUAUGGCAGGGUCCGCGAGGAGUUUGACGGUCCUACUAAGAAACCCCGUUUUUAAACGCUGCUCCUUGAUGCUCCCAGCAGCACCAUUUUGUAUAAAUUAUCCAAAACAAACAUGCAUUUUCUUGUAUUUAAGUUUAAAUUGUUGCUACAUUUUAGCCUGACAAUUUGCUCCUUUUAUGACAAAGUCAAUAUUUUCAUUUUUUUAUUUUGUGUUGUCAGUAGUGUGGAAAGAGGAGUCACAUUCGUGUGGUCCGUUAGUUCUUUCUGACCCAUGUAUAAUUUUUCUUUUCUAGAUGUAUUAUCCUCUGUGAGUCGCCGUGAAGUGAUAAUUGUAACAUUUUUCUCAACUUUCUAUGGCUGUGUUUUUGUGCCAUACAUUUGGAGUCAAAGCAUGUAUUAUAAUAAAGAGACAUUGGUUCUAUCAGGACAAACCUUUAAUAUUUAUUCCUAAACGUUGAAACGUUCGCUCACAAAGCAACCAACUCCCAACACUUGGUUGUUUGCACUAAUGAAAUACUCUUAAAGGUCUUAAAGGGUCUAUGUGUUAUCUCUGCUGCAGUCCUGACUUCUUUGUUCCGCAAUGCGUGAAACAAAAUCUACAAAACACGAAGCGUGAAGCCGUCUGAAGCCAAAAACGACCUCAUUUGACUUCCUGAAACCCGUCACAGCUGCCGUUCUCAAGAGAAGAACAACGUCGGAGUUAAAAAUGUACUUUUUUAAAAAAAAAAGAGAAGUAAUUAGAUUUGAGACACGGCCUGACGUUACGACUGUGCUCUUCAGGUGACUUGUAUUUAUAAUAUAUAAUAAGUUUGGACUCCGCAAGUCGCUGUGCUUUGUGGAACAGUCGUCUCCUUUAAAAACAUUAAAACGUGAACUGUUUCAGGCUUUCAGAGAGGUUUCCCUCAGUGCUUUUACAGUCUUGCUUCAGGAGAGCAGAAAUACGACACAUAGAGCCUUUAAGAGAGCCUGUGGUGUUCAGUGUGUAGUUAGUGUGGAUGGCGCUGCGAACACGUUCUGCUCACAUACUCAGGCUCUCACUGACACACAGACUGGAGUGUCUUUGUGUGCAUGUUUAGGGUUGUUGACUACGUUUACAUGCAGUCGAUUGUACGUGUUAAUAACGAUCACUGCACUCGGAGGAUCGUAGAAGUCCUAAAAGCUGAACUUCCAAUUAAUGUUUCCACCUUAAGAGCUGAAUUAUUUGUUGAGAUCUCAAACAUUUUAGAGAGAAACAACCCAGCUGCUGCGUUGUUUUGUAUUCCCCUCAAUGAUCUGUUAUCAGCCGUCGUUGCUUUCAGUGUGUGGAGGUUGGCCGUGUAGUUUAAAGGCCGAUAACCUCGUUCCUCUGAGUGGAUUCAGUCACAUGUUCUCCGUAUCUGUUUUUAGUUACGCAGAUGAUCCUUUCACAAAGCUGCAUGUAAACGUAGUUCAACAGUUUGUGUGUUUUUAAGGAACACAAAAGGAAGUAUUUAUUGAAGUAAGUUUAUCUGAGUACUAUAGUUGGACGAUCUGUUGGCAUGAGUAAAUCUGCCUUUGCAUGAUUGGCAAGGGACGCUCCGUUGGUCUUAAGUAACUUUACGUAAAAAGCAUUCUGCUCCGUGUUAAAGGCACGAUCACCUCUAGAAACUAAAGCAACUGAAAAUAUGAAUCUUUACACGUUUAAAAACCAACAAUAAGUGUGACCAAGUUCUUUUUAAGUUGUUGCUUUGAAUAUAUUUUAUUAUUUAUUUGUUUUUAUAGAGCUGUGUGACACUAGUGUGACGUACAAGUCGGCAAACAAAAAGCCAGUGAUGGAUUUAAAAAGCUGAUCUGAAUCCUAAACUUGUACUUCACUGACAGCUUUUAUUGUAACACAACAAAUCCAGAGUUUCAGUUUCAGUUCUGUGCUCUGACCUUCAUUCGUAAGAUCGCUCUGACUCGUACUGCAGAGGAAGAUCUGGUCCGUACCUGCUGCACCUUCUGCUUUUUUUAUUACAGACAAAACAUUUUAACUGUCUCCAGCUUGUGAAUUCACUUUUUGCAUCUUGUUGUUCAACAGACGUGUUAUUGGUUUAAUAAUCUAACAGUUUAACUAAAUUUAAUCUGUUUUGUUGGACAGAUUAUUUAUUUAUUUAUUUUAUAUUAUUUGGCUGUUUUUUUGUCACACGGCUGAAAGAAGUUUUCUCCGUUUGUAGUUAAACUGGUAACAGACGACUUUUAUUCACAA